AUGGCCCAAGGAAUCGUCUAUACACUAGGCAUCAUCAUCGCCAUUCUCCUCCUCCUGAUCUUCCUCCGCUCCAUGCUCCUCCGCCGCCAGCGUCUCGCCGUCGCAACACUCUCCCACCCCCCGCAACGGCGCCCCCCACACCCCGUCCCAGACGCAGGAAUGGAUGUCGCCCGUCCCGAACCGGCGGUUACAUCCCCCCACCUCCGCGCCUACCGCCGCCCCCACGACGAGCAGCUGCCGCUGUACGAAGCGCCGCCGCCCGACUACGACAUGGUUCCCAAGUAUGUAGAUCUUGAGCGUGGUGGUGGUGGUGGUGGUGGUGGUGGUGGUGGUGGGGCGCGCGGUGGGGACGUUGGCGAGUCGUCGGCAUCGGCAUCGGCGUCGGCGGCGCCGCCCCCGGGGUAUGCGCUGGAGGGUGAUAGUGCGCCGGGAGCGGCGCCGGUGAAUGUGCCGGCUGCAGCAGCUGCAGAAGCGCCUAGUAGAGGAGGGCUAUUUAAUGUUGAUGUGAGGAGGGCUUGGGGUGGGUUUGGGAGGUAA